AAUAGGACCAUUUUAGACAAAGCAACAGGAAAUAUCUCAUUUGGGUUUGCGGCCCAUAUAGCAAUUGAGAAUUAGUGGUGCUGUUUAAGAGUUAUUAGUUAGCCAAAAACCCAUUUCCCGGGUAAAACCAAACAGAAAAUAACGAUCAUCAUCAUUCCCAAGAAAAGAAAAGACAUGAACUUCUAUCCACAAAAAACAACUCAUCUUCAACUCAAAUAAUCUUUAAAAAUUGUUAGAGAAAUUGUUGUCAUAAUAGUUAUGGCUGAUUCUUUAUGCAAGUUCUUGGAUGCUCGGUGUAUAACAGGUUCUCACUUCUUGGCCACCUAUUUUUCUGCCCAAAAACCCCUCCUUUUCCCAACUCUUGUCAGAAGAAAAAGAAGAAGAAAAUCACUUCACAUUGCUUUCUGCUCCACAUCCAUUUCCCCAAAUCUUGAUGUCGUCUCUACACAUGAGUAUUCUGAUGGCACUUUACUGUUUCGGUUUGGGGACCCAAGCGAGAUAGAGAAAGAGGAUGAAUUGGAGGAAUCCCUUUUGGGGGUUGAAGAGGUUGGAAGGGAUAGUGAGGAGGAAUUUAGUGUGGUGAAGGUUUUAGAUGGUGAUAAUGAGAGAGAAGUCAUUGUCAAGAAAGUAGAGAGGGAAGCCAGGGGUGAGGCUGUGACUGUGGUAACUGAUGCUGGUGUCUCUGAAUCAGUACUAAUUGGCAAUGGAAGGAGUGAUUUUGUCGAAGUAGAGACUGGAUUGAGUGAAAAUUUUCUUGGAGAUUCCGCGGAUGAAAUUGGUUUGAUUUCACCCGAAGGAAUUCAAAAUGAAUCUGUAGCUGAAGUCGGUAUUGAGAAUGCAGGACAUGUUGAGGAGAUUUUUGAAAAGAAAGAUGAUAGUGAAGCUUCAGUUCCACCACCACCAGAGAAUUCUAUUCCUUCUUUGGAAGUUGAGGAAAAAAUGAUGGAUCAAUCAAGUGAUGAAUCAUUUGAAGAAUUGGAUGAUGACAAUUCACUUCUUUUAAGUUCACCUGCAGCAAUGCCUGUUUAUUCUGAUUCGGUAAACACUAAGGAAAUUGAAGAAUCUGAGGGAGAAGGUUCAAGUCAAUUUACAGAGAAUGAUGGUGGCAAGGAUUGCUGUGAUGAUUCAACUCAUUCGAUGGAAAAUGGUGCUGCGUCAGUUGAUAUUGAGGCAGCAGACAAUGAUAUUGAGAUUGUCCAACACACAGAACAAAUAUCUGAAAAUAUUGAUCCUAUAUUGGAAGGGCCCGUGGAGAGUGUUCCAGAAGGAAUUAAUCUGGGGAAUACCGAAACUGUUGCUGACGAAAUUAGUCCAGAGAAUGCUCCCGAGGGAAUUAAUCUGGGGAAUACUGAAACUGUUGUUGAUGAAAUUAGUCCAGAGAAUGCUCCCGAGGGAAUUAAUCUGGGGAAUACUGAAACUGUUGUUGACGAAAUUAGUUCAGACAAUGCUCCUGAGGGAAUUGAUCCAGGGAAUACUGAAACUGUUGUUGACGAAAUUAGUUCAGACAAUGCUCCUGAGGGAAAUGAUCAGGGGAAUAGUGAAACUGUUGUUGACGAAAUUAGUCUAGAGAAUUCUCUCGAUGGAAUUGAUCUGGGGAAUACUGAAACUGUUGUUGACGAAAUUAGUCUAGAGAAUUCUCUUGAUCUGGGGAAUACUGAAACUGUUGUUGACGAAAUUAGUCUAGAGAAUGCUCCUGAUGGACUUGAUCUGGGGAAUACUGAAACUGUUGUUGACAAAAUUAGUCCAGAGAAUGCUCUAGGGGGAAUUAAUCUGGGGAAUACUGAAACUGUUGUUGACGAAAUUAGUCCAGAGAAUGUUGAUAUUAGGCAUUUGUCUAUGGAUGCUGAAGACCAGAGUACCGAAGUCCUUAAUUUUGAAAAUGAUAAUCAAACCGAGCUGAGUAAUUUGUCUGUAGAUACAGAAGAUCAGGCUUCCCGAAAUAGUACCUUCAAGGAUAGUGAUGAGACUGAUGUGAUUGAAGUAAUGCCUGCUUCUCCUAAGCUGGAGGCUGAACCAGUUUUUGAUGAGGAAGUUGAUCACAACCUAAUAUCAGAGUCUAAUGAAAGUGAAAGUCCAUUACCGUCAGAUGAAAAUUUGCCUAGCUUAUCCUUGGAAGACGAAAGAAAAGAAGAUGUAGAAAACACUGAGAUCAUGGAAGUGUAUGGUCAUGAAGUGGUUGAGGAUAAAUCUUCAGAUGUCUUAGACAGCAGCAAGGAAGCUACACCAGCAGCAGCAGAACUAAUUCUGUCUUCUGGUGCUACUUUAUUGCAAUAUCCCUCCAAGGCAUUCGCAGGUGGACAUGAAGCAUAUUUUAUUGCUUGUGGGAAGUGGCUAGGGGUAGCCGAUGCAGUUGGUUCCUGGUCAUUGGAAGGGAGUGAUCCAGGAGUAUAUGCCCAGGAACUCAUGCAAAAUAGUGAAUCCAUUGUUUCUCAGUGCGACACGGAUUCAAUAAAUGACCCUAAGCAAGUCCUUAAUCUGAGCGUCUCAAAAACAGAUUCCCCUGGAUCUUCAACAGUCUUGAUUUCUCACUUUGAUGGAAAGGUUCUUCAUGUGGCUAAUAUUGGCGACUCUGGAUUUAUCAUAGUAAGGAAUGGCAGUGUUUAUAGGAAGUCAUCACCCAUGCUUCAUGAAUUCAAUUUGCCUAUACAAAUUGAGAAAGGCGAUGAUCCAUCUCAACUUCUGGAGGAAUACAAGAUAGAGUUAGAUGAAGGGGACAUCAUUGUCACUGCAACAGAUGCACUUUUUGACAACUUAUAUGAUCAAGAAAUAGUGUCAAUCGUCUCAAGGUCACUGGAAGCUGACAAAAGUCCUCAGGAAAUUGCGGAGAUUUUGGCAACAAGAGUGCAACAAGUGGGUAGUUCUGCUUCGGGGAGAAGUCCAUUUGCUGAUGCAGCUCAAGCAGCCGGAUAUGUUGGGUAUACUGGUGGCAAGCGCGAUGAUGUGGCUGUCAUUGUAUCACUAGUUCAAAAGGUAAUCGUGUCAAAUGACAACUAGUAAUAUUGUAUAUACACAUAGUUCCACGUAAAUUCUUUAAUGUUUCCCUUCUACUUUGUAAGCAGUUUUGAUGUCUCAAAGAAAGUAACUGUAACAUCUAUGUUGAUGGGGUUCAAUUGCUUCAUUGAAAUGUAAAUUUAUGGCAUCUGAUUCC